GGUCUUUAGCCGGGAAAGCGCGGUUUUCGUGGGGCUCUCGGCUCAGCCAGUGAGAGGCUGGGGGUGUGGCCGAGGGAACUCGCAGGCAGAGUACUUACGGGCUGGCGGCGAGUCUGGACUGGUCUCCUCUGCACUCCUGGGCGCGCGGGUCCACCUUCUCCGCAGCCCGGGAGUCAUAGAACGGCCGUCCGACUUCAUCAUGGUGACCCCCGGCCCCACCAGCCCCACCAGCCCCAUGAGUCCCGCCGCCUGGGCUGCGAGGCAGGACGCCCGGAACCUCCGCGCCCCGGUGAAGAAGAGCCGGCGCCCACGCCUACGAAGGAAGCAGCCGCUGCAGCCGCUUAACAUAAGCCCGCUCCCGGGAGACUCUGGCGUUUGCGACCUGUUCGAGUCCCCCAGCUCCGGCUCGGAUGGCACAGAUAGCCCCGCCGCGCGAGGCUGCAGCCCCGUGCCGGGUGCCGCCCAGCAGCUGGCGCAGCUCGAUCUGCAGACCUUCCGCGACUACGGUCAGAGCUGCUACGCCUUCCGCAAGGCGCGGGAAGGCCGCUUCCACCCGCGGGAGUCGCUGGCGCGGCAGCCACAAGUGACGGCGGAGUCCCGCUGUAAGCUGCUCAGCUGGCUAAUCCCUGUGCACCGCCAGUUCGGCCUUUCCUUCGAGUCGCUGUGCCUGACGGUGAACACUCUGGACCGCUUCCUUAGCACCACGCCCGUGGCUGCAGACUGCUUCCAGCUGCUCGGGGUCACUUCUCUGCUCAUCGCUUGCAAACAGGUGGAGGUGCACCCGCCUCGCGUGAAGCAGCUUCUGGCCCUGUGCUGCGGUGCCUUCUCCAGGCAGCAGCUCUGCAACCUCGAAUGCAUCGUGCUGCACAAACUGCAUUUCAGCCUGGGCGCUCCCACCAUCAGCUUCUUCCUGGACCAUUUCACGCACGCGCGCGUGGAGGCCGGGCAGGCCGAGGUCUCCGAAGCCCUGGAAGCGCAAGCCUUGGCGCGCGGGGUGGCGGAGCUGAGCCUGGCUGACUACGCUUUCACCAGCUACACCCCCUCCCUGCUGGCCAUCUGUUGCCUGGCGCUGGCCGACCGCAUGCUGCAGCUUUCUCGCCCCAUGGACUUGCGCCUGGGCGGGCACCCUGAGGCGGCGCUGCAGGACUGCCUGGGCAAGCUGCAGCUUCUGGUAGCCAUAAACGGAACCUCCCUGACUCAUAUGUUGCCCCUCCAGAUCCGAGAGAAGUGCUGCCUUUCCUCGAGCUUGAAAUAAAGUAGACCCUUGGUCUCCUUUGA